AUCGUAGAAACUUUACAGUAAAACAACAGCUGAUGCUCCGUGUUCUAGUAAUUCUAAUGAUUUUAAAAAGAGGAUGAUGACCUAAACACUAAACAGAUGCGGCGGUCACGGACUUGACGACAGGUUACUGACGGCUAUCUGGAAGCCUAGAAAUACCCAUUGCCUGCACCGGAAGUGUACAAGAACCAUCUCUCGCGACCGACUUCGUCUUCGGGAAAUCCCUAAUCAAGCUAAUGAGUGUUUGCGAGAAGUAGUAGAAGAGGGAAGUUUGUUAUUUAUUUUGUGUGAUAUUCCACUUAACUCGGAUUACCCAUCUCCAGUGAAGACAUCAGCAUGAGACCGCCUUGAUUGUUAGUAUAAAUGGAGUAUUCACUAGAGUCGUGUUUAGUGGGGGAUAACUCACAGAAGACAGACAUGGAAGUGAUGUCCGAGAAAGUCGGCCAGAAAUCUUCCCUGAUGGACCAACUGUUGUCCGACGAGGAGGAGGAAGAUGAUGUUGAAGAUGAAAAUGAUUCUGAUGAUGAUUCUGAUGAUGGAGAAGAGGACAAUGAUGAAGAAGAAGACGAUGACAGUGAUGAUGAAGAUGAGGAGACCCCGAGUAGUGAACAAAGUGAGGAGGACGAAGAUGAAGAAAUGGACGAAGAAAACAAAAAUUCAUAUUCUACAUUAGAGACCAGUGAAGGAAGCAGUAAAGAAACCAAAGCCCCAGAACUAACAAAGGUCAAGGUCACAGAGGAACCGGCACAGGCAGACGAUGAGAACUCAAACAACGACACGGCCCAACCGACACCAACCAAAAAACGCAAGCGAAAACGAGCAACUGGAGAGAAGGGCAAGAGGAAAAAGUCAAAGAAAAGCAAAUCGUUCUCCCUCAGGCGAAACAUCAGGGACAUUCUGAAGGAGAAUGACCUUGACAAGCAGACGCUUGAUGCUCAGCAAGAGGAAGCAGAACGUCGGCGCCGAAUUCUAGAGGUACAGAAAGCUCUGGAGGAGCAACGAAAGAAAGAGAAGGAGGAGAAUGAUUCACAGCUCAAGUCUUUACUACAGAUGGAUGAUGAAGAUAAGAACAGUGAUGUGAUAUACCUAGACAGCAGUGAUGAAGGGCGACCAAGAAGGAAAUCCAAAGAUGGCGAUGUAAUCGAGCUGAGCAGUGAUGAAGAUGACAUACUCCUCACAAAGGACGAGGACAGUGAUGUUGACGCCGAGGACCCAAACAAUGCUGGUAACCACAUCAACGACACCCUCAACGUUCACGACGACUUUGGAAGGGUACUGGUCAACAUCGGACAUCCUCCAGAUGAACCAGAUAUCUUCCUGCCUCCUCAGAUUGCCAAAUACAUAAAAAAACACCAGAUUGGUGGAAUCCGGUUUCUUUACGACAAUCUCAUUGAGUCACUGAGUCGGUAUAGGAACAGCCCGGGCUUUGGCUGUAUUCUGGCACACAGCAUGGGACUAGGCAAGACAAUACAGAUGAUAUCCUUUGUUGACGUUUUCCUGAGGUGUGCCAAAGCUCGGACAGUUCUCCUCAUUGUACCCAUCAACACGUUGCAGAACUGGAUGGCAGAGUUCAACAUGUGGUGUCCUACCAAAGAAAUGGUUGGGGACCUGGGAACCGAUCAUGUGAUCCCACGUCCAUUUAAUGUCUAUCUUCUCAAUGAUAACUUCAAGUCCACAGGUGCCAGGGCAAAGGUUAUUGCGGAGUGGUACAGUAAGGGCGGGGUGCUGUUGAUGGGCUAUGAGAUGUACAGAUUGCUGUCCAGUCGCAAAGGUCACAUGGCAGAUGUGAAGGUCAAAAAACAGAAAAAGUUCUCGGCAUCGCCAGUCGUGAUUGAUGUGGAUGAAGAAGAUAAAAACAAGGAACUUUUAGUGGGUGUACAUGAAGCCUUGAUCAACCCAGGCCCUGACCUAAUUGUGUGUGAUGAAGGUCACCGAAUCAAAAAUAGUCAAGCUGGAAUCUCUCAGUCUCUCAAAAACAUAAAAACCAGACGACGUGUGGUGUUAACUGGUUACCCUCUACAGAACAAUCUCAUGGAAUAUUGGUGUAUGGUGGACUUUGUUCGGCCGAAUUAUCUCGGCACGAAGACAGAAUUUAGCAACAUGUUUGAGCGUCCGAUAACGAAUGGUCAGUGUCAGGACAGCACUCCGGCCGAUGUUAAAUUGAUGAGAUAUCGCGCUCAUGUACUACACAGUUUACUAGAGGGAUUUGUGCAAAGGCGUGGCCACACUGUGUUACGGGAAGCCUUACCACCUAAGCGGGAAUUCAUUUUCUUAGUACGCAUGUCCCACAUCCAGCGAACACUUUACAGAGAGUUUAUGAACUCGCUUCAGGUUCAGAACCUCGGGUCCUGGGCCAGCACAAACCCACUCAAGGCCUUCGCUGUCUGUUGUAAAAUAUGGAAUCACCCAGACAUUUUAUACAACUUAAUCCAGAAGAAGAACAGCAUCAAUGACGUGGAUGAUCUUGACAUUGAAACAGAAAAUGGUACUGGGGCCAAGAAGAAGAAAUGUGUAAAGAAGAAGCCUCCGAAGAGCCCCCAGCCUGUAGACCAAUAUUAUCCACCGUACGAACGGGGACAGGAAAUCAGCUACGACUGGGUCAGUGACCUAUUUAAAGAUUACACCAGCGGGCUCUUGGAAUCUGGAGGGAAAAUGGUUAUUUUGUUCAAAAUCCUAGAGGAAGCGCUGGCCAUCGGGGACAAAAUCCUGGUCUUCAGUCAGAGUCUGUUCACUCUGGAUCUGUUGGAGGAAUUUUUGUCCAAACGAAGAGUCCCUCGACCAGACAUGGAUGAGAACUGGUGCAAAAAUCAGAGCUAUUUCCGUUUGGAUGGCAGUACUUCAGCCCAGGAGAGAGAGAAAUUGAUCAAUCAGUUUAAUGCUCCGGACAACAAAAAAGCAUGGCUGUUUCUUCUAUCCACCAGAGCAGGGUCUCUAGGGGUCAACCUGAUAGGAGCCAAUCGAGUUCUAGUCCUAGAUGCCUCAUGGAACCCAUGUCAUGACUGUCAAGCCAUUUGUAGAGUCUUCCGGUUUGGUCAAAUCAAACCAAGUUAUGUGUACCGAUUUGUAACCGACAACAGCAUGGAGAAAAAGAUUUAUGAUCGACAAGUCACCAAACAAGGAAUGUCCAAUCGGGUGAUUGAUGAGAUGCAGAUCCAGAACCACCUGACCAAACGACAAGUGGACAACCUCCUUCAUUUUGAGGACAGGGAACCAGAUUACAUCGACUUCAGUCAGGAGGAUUACGACGACCCAAUAAUGAAUGAGAUCCUUCGUACUGACGGACACUGGCUGACAGCGAAACCCUUUGAACAUGAGUCCCUGUUGAUAGAUAAGAAAGAGCUCAGAUUGACAAAGAAAGAAAAACGUCUGGCUCAGCAGAGUUACGUCAUGGAAAAACGUCUUAAUGUGUCGUACUCCCGACCAUCUUACGCUGCCUUUUAUCCAAAGGAGGGGCCAGCUCGGCAAAUCAAGAUUGUGUCACCCCCAUCGCAGCCUGUCUGGCCCUCCACCACCUACACCUCCAGACCAGUGGCCAGCGUCAAACCAAUGGUGACCACCCCAGUUCCCAUGCAACCGAAAGGGGUCGGUAGGGGAGACAACCGAAAUCUGCCAAUCAUGAGCAAAAAGCCUGGGGUGUCGGUUCACAAAGUCCUCACCACCACAGAUAUCAUGUUACCAGGGACAGCUACCAGCACACAGUCCACAGCGGGGACCAGUACAAACAGAAUUCCCGCUGGCCAGCAAAUCUUUAUCAUCAAGACUCCCAAGGGAGUCUACAUCCGAACAAACUCAGGCAAGAUCUUUGCUGUACGGGCCAAAUUUCCAUUGUCAGGGACAACGACUGCUGCUGCCACAGCAGUUUCCUCUCCUCCUGUUACCACGGUGACCAGUUCAUCCUCAUCCUCAGUGUUGACAACAGCUGACUUGCUGGCCUCAUCGGAAGAAUUACCGGACUCCGGGAGUGAGUCACAGACCAAUCCCUCCUCAUCAAGAGACUCGGACACGACAGACCUGCUAGCCUCGCUGUAUUCCUCACCAUCCCAGGACAAACCCAUCUCCCGCAACGAGUCGAGCUCAUCACUCACCUCACAGUUCGGCCGGUCCGACCUGCUCGGAGAAGUGAACAGAUACAUGGCGAAUCAGUCUGAGAUGGACACUGGUCUGUUAACAGACAGACACACGGAUAAUGUGAACAAAGACAAAUCGGAAGGAGUGGAAGCACAGUCGGGGCUGACCGGUGGCAUGGAGGAGUGGCACUUUCCGAAAAUCGCACCAAACAUAAUAUCAUCUCAAAUGGGUAGCAAUUCAACAAUGUCGUCCCAACACGGGGGAAUUUCUAAUAUGUCAUCGCAGCUGGGUAGCAAUUCUGGAAUGUCAUCUCAAAUGGGGAGCAGUUCUGCCUUGCCUCAGUACCCCCUACCCCCAAUGGGGGGAGGAAUGGGGCCGUCUCAUGUGCCAUACUUAUUCCAGAAUCAGCUGAUGUAUCCCCAGGGAGGAGGAUACCCCCCAAUAUCUGGGAUGAACCCCAUGCCUUACUCUAGUCCCAUCACCAGUGAACAGGAAGCAGCCUCUUCCACAGCGCCCACCUCCCUGUCCCCAACCAGUAGUAACAUGCCCAUGUCUUCAAUGCCAGGAAUGCCCUCCAUGGCCCCCAUGAUGGGGUUCCCCUUUGCCCCUUACCCCUUCCCGAUGCCCCAGCCCUAUCUAAUGCCUGGAAUGGACCCCUCCUAUAUGGCUGGUCUACCCGGACACCAGCAAUACAACAUGCAUCACAACAUGCAUCCGGGUAUGCACAUGGCCGGGUCAGGGUCAGUGAUGCCCCCUGAGUACUCUAGUUCUAAGGAUUACCAUGGGAACAUUGGUCAGAAUACAGUCGAGGGUCAGAUGGGUCAAAAUCUGGAAUUGAGGCAUCAAGACAACUCUGGUAUGUGAUCGUUUCCAGUAUCAUGUCAAGACAACUCCAGUAUGUGAUCAGUUCCAGUAUCAGGAGGGCAUUUGUCUAUUUUACAUUUAUCUGAGCAGUGUGCAGGAUUUGAUGUAUAUUCAUGCCCCGCACUGAAAUCUGGAAACUAAUCUCUACCGUAUACUGUGUGAGGUCGUCGUCCAGUGGAUGAAAACAUUGUCCUUAGUUUUCAUUGGUUUAAGUCUUGUAAUGAUGGUCAUUGUUACCAUGGAAAUAUAAACAGUGACUUUCCUUUGAGGCUGACAAAUGCAAUAUACAAGAAUGAUCUUGAUUGAUUAAAUCAGAUGUGCUUAGAUGUUGUGAUCCGUUAGUAUUAAGACAGUCUCCUUUUAAUCUCAUUUUGAUCUUCAUCGGACGGUUUAAAUACACUGGUAGCUAGACUUUGUGUUUAGACAUUUUUUUUUUUUACACAUGAAGUGACAAUCAUCCGUGAAAUAAUUUCAUGAUCGUAUUUGUAUGUACAGUUUGUAUUAUACAUAGAUCCAAUCAUCCGUAAAAUAAUUUCAUCCUAUUUGUAUGUACAGUUUGUAUUAUACAUAGAUCCAAUCAUCCGUAAAAUAAUUUCAUCUUAUUUGUAUGUACAGUUUGUAUUAUACAUAUUCUACAUUGUCAUUGAUUGAUCUUUAUUUCUGAGUAUUUACAAAAUCAAUCAUUUUUCUUGUCAGAUAAGGACAGAAACGCGCACCACUUGGGCCUUAGAACAAGCAGAAAAUUUUAUGAAGAGAGAAUUUUCAUUUUUGAUAAAUAAUUAUUCAACACAAGUAACUUGUAUUAUUGUAUGGAGACCUUGUAAAUAAUUUUUACCGAAUUCUGAAUCGUUGGAACAGUUGCUGUAGUUGAAUUUGUUUUGGUUCGAAUUAAAUGUCACUUUAAAGGGACUGAUUCACAAUUUUCCCCCAAAUUUUGUUUUUCACUUUAAAUGAUUAAAAUCUACAGUCUAAUGUAUUUAGAAGGUUUCACCAAAAAAUUAAGGUUUUUCAUCAUGACAGAAGCUCAUUAUAGAGAGUUUAUUAUUUGUUUUCAAAACAAAGAUUGAGGUGUGUUAUUGUUUAAUACGGAAUUUUCAAAAUAAAUGGAUAUUGAUCCAAGUUUAUCAUAUAUAUCACAUCUCAAGUAUACUUUGGGUAAAAUGUGUCAUUUAAAAGUUAAGAUUUUUGAUUGUGCAAAAUGAAGAUGCUUUGAAUUACAAAAUGGUUUGUUUACAUAAAGACUCGAGUCUUUGUUUACAUAACACAGAAUCAAUGCUAAAAUAUUGCUCUUAUCCUUGGAUAGAGAUGGUCCAAAUUUUGGUUGUCAACAUUAAAUGCGUUAUAUUUUCAAUUUUUAACAUCAAAAAUGAAAAAUAUUUCUUUCGAAAAACGUGAACCAGUCCCUUUGAUUUUCAUCUCAUUGUAUCAUUGAUUUUUAUUUUAUUCAUUAAAACAUUUAAUGUUGGU